AAAAGUUUCCACUGUAUUUGCCUUGCCUUUUUGAGAAGCCAAGAACAUCGUCGUUUCCGUAAGGCCACUUUCCAACAUUGAAGCAAACAUCUAGUUCUGCCUCUGGGCUCAACACUGAACACAGCCCUUGUCUUCCCCUCCCUUGUUAUCGUCGAAUCUGGAAUAGCGACUACAAAGAGACGAGCGAGAUGCGCAUAUCUUUCUCUGGACUGGGGAAUGCGUUGCCGUUUUCAAGAAUCUUCAGGCAGCUUGAGCAAGAGAUGGAAACUGUGGUUAAGGUACUGCAGCCUGGACCUUUGGGAAUAGUGGAGCACAAGUUCUCUGUUGAGGAGAUACGGGAGGCAAAUGCGACUGUAUCGAGGGCAGUUGCGAAUUGGCGAAGAAAUGCAAAGCUAGAGCAGAGAAGUGACAUUCUGAAAGACUUCAUUCAAAAGUGAAAAAUUACCUUCUGCAUUGCUUUUCAGGGAUGAUGGAAAUAUAAAUUUGUGUAGAUUUUUCAAGAUCUUCUCUAUUUAUUUCACAACUUACUUCAAUCAAUAAUAAAAGCACUGAAAAAAAUUUACUUUCUGAUUUUUGUUGGAUUGCUUGUUAUGCUCUGUUAUUGUUCUUUUGUUAUGAUUGUAAUUUUGGGGCAUUUUUCAUUUAGUGUCAGUCAAGUCAAUUUUUCCGUGAUCAUGAAAAUAUGAACAACAAUGGCUGAUUGCAUGAAGGCAGUGGAUUUACAUGUAAUUCUUGUUCUGCAAUGCAAGGUCACUAUUUAUUGAUCA